AUGGCGAUCAAGCUCGAAAACUGCCGAAUUUACCCUUCUUCUUCAAGACAAUUCUGCACCCCAUUAACACACUUCGACAUUCCAUUCCUACAAUCUGAUCCCACAAAGAGACUCAUCUUCUUCGAUCUCCCCUGCUCAGACCUCUAUUUCCAUGAACACAUCCUUCCAUCGCUGAAAAAUUCUCUCUCCCUCACUCUCGCACACUUCCUCCCCCUCGCCGGAAACGUAGUCCUCCUGUUAAACUCCGGCAGCCCCAUGAUCCGUUGCGUUGCUGGAGACUCUGUUUCUCUAAUUGCCGCUCAAUCCGAUCAAGAUCUUCACUAUCUCGCUUCACACCAUCAACGAGUCGCCGAUCACUUCUACGAAUGCGUCCCUGAGCUGCCCCUCGCUACUCGCUGCGCCGACUUCGUCGUCUUCCCCGUCGUCGCUCUUCAGAUCACGCUGUUUGCCGGCCAAGGGAUCUGCAUCGGCAUCACCAAUCAUCACGCCGUCGCCGACGGGAGCAGCAUCGUUAAUUUUGUGAAGUCGUGGGGCUGCGCAAACAGAUCUAGAGACGCUGAAGAGCAUUUACCGGUUUUCGAUCGAGCUCUUGUUGAAGAUCCAGAGAAAUUGGAUUCAAUCGCGUGGAAAUUCGUCAAAAAUCGAAAUCCGCAUCUCGAUAUAUCACCAUCUGUGGUUGAAUUUCCUAUCAACAGAAUCCGUUCAACCCUUCUCCUCACCAAAAAUCAAAUCGAAAUCCUCAAAAAUCACGUCUACGCCAAAACGCCUAAUUUAGGCGCGGUUUCAUCUUUCACGGUUAUUUCUGCUUACGCUUGGAUUUGUUCGUUGAAAGCAGCGGCUGCUCCCGACGACGACGACGACGAGAUCGUCUACUUCUCCUUCGCCGCAAACUGCCGUGGACGUCUGAAUCCGCCGCUGCCGGAAUCCUACUUCGGAAACUGCUUAGUUUUCGUGCGUGCAGGAUCGCGGCGUGGAUCGUUGAGGAAGGAGGGCGGAUUUGUGGUUGCUGUGGAGAGUAUACGAGAGGCGAGUCGAAGAAUUUUGCAGAGUGAUCGCGGAGUGGUGGAGAGCGCAGAUUGGCCGUUGGAUUUCAGAAAAUACAGUGGGCAAUGGAGGGUAUCGGUGGCCGGAUCGCCGAGAUUUGAUGUUUAUGAAGCUGAUUUCGGGUGGGGGAAGGCGAAGAAGCAGGAAUUCGUGCAUAUUGAUAGGGAUAUGUCGAUUUCUCUCUGCAAAUCUAGGGAUUUUGAGGGUGGAUUCGAGAUUGGGGUGUCGAGGAAGAAGGCUGAAAUGGAUGUUUUUGAACGUGUUUUCGGUGAUAUGAAGCGAGUUUUAGAGUCGGAUGGGAGUGAGGAGUCUAUCUCCGAUCCUACUGCAAACCUAAAAAUGCUAUAA